AUGUUCAAUUUCGGCGGUGCCGUUCCCACGUACACGGGACCCAAUGAAUGGGGAGACAAUUGGAGCCCAUCUUCAGCUUCAGCUUCGGUCAGCUUCUGCCGCGUGGCGGCACAAAUGUCUCACGGUGAACGGGCACUCUCCGUUGUCCCAGUCCCACGAACGGAGCGUGAAGCCAGACCCGGUGCUCUGGUAAAAGCGUGUGUCACUAGCUUCGCGAUGCCGACGCUUCUCCAGCCAGCCACGACCCGAGCAGAGGUAUCUCACCCUAUGUGCUACGGCCCGACACUACGGAUAGAGGUCCGAAAAUUGGAAAAAUCGUAUUCGUUGACCCUCAUCGUCCUUUCCAUUCUGAGAAACCCAUUCCGCGUUGCCCUAGCCAUAGCUUCAGAACUCUGGGCCGCCCUCCGCUCACUUGUAGCCGGCGGCAAUCAAGUGCCGCCUCUUCGGACAUGGACAUUUACCACCGGAAAGGGACAAGAGGCAUCGUCCAAGUGGGAUGCCAUCGGUGACGAGAGCUACUCUGUUGCUCACAUUACCCACGAAUCGUAG